ACAUGUAGCGCUCCUUUCGGUCAGCAUUUCUAACUUUUAAUAAAAAAUGUCAAAGCAGACGGUUGUCUGCAACUUAGUUCAUAAUAUACCUUUGCAUGUGCGAAAAUUGGAUUGCACUAUUCUAUUUUAGUUUCAGAUUGUGUCUGACUGUUGUUAUGUGCUUAGAGAUGUCAAAAGUAAUACUGGAAGCUGGAAAGUGUCGUUUCUGUUUCGAUGUUAUCAUAAUUAGUAUGAAAUAAAGAUUAUUUUAACGUUGUGUAAUAGUUAUUGUGAAUAGCCUAGUUGAAAAUGGCUACUUUAGACAAACUUAUGAAAGCCUUAGAGGCUUUAAAACUCAGUAAAGAUCCUCCAUCUACUAUGGAGGAUGAGGCAGCUUUAAGCCGAAAGAAGAAAGUGGAUCUGUGCAGUUUUGUUGCAGACACCAUGUGCUCUCCAAGUGUGAAAAAUAUUCAAAACUUUGCCUUUCAUUUGUCUAAAUCUAUGGAGGCCUUGCUACAGCUUUGUGAUGACCCUGACUCGAACGUCAGAAUGGUUGCAGAUGAAAGCCUCAAUAGAAUAAUCAGAGCAAUGAUGGAUAACAAUGUGGUUAAAGUGCAUAUGGAGCUCCAUAAAGAGAUUAAGAAGAAUGGCAAUGUGCGGUCUUUGCGAGCAGCUCUCUCAAGGUUUGCCCAGCUUGCCCACAUGAUCCGGUAAGACCAGAGAUAGUCAGUUUUGUCUUCAUGAGAAUCUUGUUUUAUAUUUAUUUUAUAACAACAUUGGAUGCAAUAAGUUUUUGAAAUAAUCCUGGCAUCAGUGGACUACAAAACAUGUUGCAGUUCUUUUCCAAAUUGUAUGACCAAAUUUAAUUUUGUUUGAGAGCUAAAAGAUCCUUAAGCUGGAGUUCUCCUGGAGAAACAAAAGAUUUAGUUCCUUAAACACUUAUUCUCUACCAUCACUGA